CCAGUGUUAAGUGUAAUGACCUUCUUGCCCUCCUCUAGAGAGCUGUGACUACACAGAGAAAGAGACCUGAGAGUGAGAAAGAGAGAAAAGGGAGAAAUGUGCCACAACAAGAACAGUCCACCUCCGAAUCAUGACCGUCACGUGAAGCUGAUUCAGACCAGGUCGAUCUCCAUGAUGAAGAUCAUCAAGGAAGAAGAAGAAGAAGUUGAAGAAGAAAUCAAGCCUGCGCAAAAACCGAAGCGAGCGGUGGCGGCACGGAAGUCGAGGAAGAAGAGAAGCCGGAGGAAAAAGCCGAAGUACUUGAGCCUUCGCUCUUCGCGCCUCUCCGCCCGAAACGACGCCGUUUCAGCCACCGCGGUUGAUGACGUGGACUCGAAGAUGACGGAGGCUGCGGCGACGAGGCGCGGACAGCAGCAGCAGCAGCAGCUUAAUCUGUUUCCGUUGCAUCCGGAGCUAAACGCGGCGGAGGCUGCGGCGGCGGCGGACCACCAGUCCGACGACAGCGUGGCGUUGCUGUUCGAAUCCGACGGCGGAGCUACUCUCCACGGGCUGCUCACCUCCGCCGACACCGCCACCACCACGACGACGUCGACAAUGUCGUCCGAUCAUGAUCAGGCCGAGUCCAAUUACGGCUACCGCCGCGGCGGCGGCGACGACAUCGUGCGGACGGCGAUGAGGGGGAGCGGGGGAGAUCGGAGCGUCGGGAAGUGGGUGUGUUACUCGGAGCUGGUGAAGGAGGAGGUCGAGUUAACGGCGACGACGAGCUCGGCGAGCACGUGUUGCAGCGUCGGCGAUGAUCGGAAAAGUCAUCAGGAUCAACGGCUGGCGUUGAAGCUUGACUAUGAGGAGGUGUUGAAUGCUUGGUCCGAUAAGGGCUCGCUGUACAUUAAAACCGAAGACGGCGAGCCGCCGCAAACGGUGCCGGACUUGCUUCAGGAUCAGCUCUUUCAGCACCUCCAUGAUUCCAGUGCCAAUAUUGAGGAUUUAUGGAAGGUGCCUGAAGAGGAAGAGGAUGGUAGCUUGGAAAGGAAGAGGAUGCAAAGACAGGAGAGUUUAUUGAGAUACAAGCGGAAAAGGGAGAACAGGCUGUUUUCUAAGCAGAUUCGGUAUGAAGUUCGGAAGUUAAAUGCUGAGAAACGACCCCGUGUUAAGGGUCGGUUUGUGAGGAGUAGUUGAAAGUCAAGAUGUAGGGUAUGUGGAUCAUAUUAGUUAAUUACUUGUGGAAAAAGGAAAGGAUAAUCAGCUUGGCUUUUGUGUUUAUGUCAAGAAUUAGCUAUGAUCUUUUCCUUUUACUUUGUGUUUACUGUUUCCUUUUCUUUUCUCCUUCCAUUUUACAUGUUACAUGUAGUAGAGAAGGUAAUAAUGCUUCUUGCAAGAAAAACAUAAAUGUUGCAU